AUUUUUGUAUAUUGAAAGACGCUGUAGACGAUAGUACUGCUACCGUCGUGACUAAAAAUAUCAUAGCUGAUUUAAUUUUUCUAAUUUGUGCUUAACACCUUAAAUUCAAGAUUCCUCAUGCUUACAUUCAACGUCUUCAUUCUCUCAAGGUUGCUGCAGUCAUUUCUAGGGAGCAGAAUAUUUGGGAGAUGUUCAUCUGAACUAAUUGAAACCUCGUGGAAGAGUUAUGAAAGGACUCCAAAAACGAUCCGACAAGCCUUGUUAACACCUCAAAGAAACUUCCAAGUAUAUAGAUUUUUCCAAAGCAGCAGAUCUCCUACAAAGGCUAAUGAUAGAAUGAGGUCAAAUGUUGAGAUAAAGGCCAGGGUGACAAAUCCGGACCACCUGAGGGCGCUUGCCAAAGACUUUGCCAACGAGCAGGAGACGGAUGUCAUGAAGCAAGUUGAUACCUUCUUCAACUGUGGAAAGGGAAGAUUGAAGCUACGAGAAAUUGUUAAUCACCCUACGAGGCCAUCUAAGUUGGUCGCCUAUAUUCGAUCAGAUCAAGAGGGGCCAAAAGAGUCAAAGUAUUCUAUAACGGAAGUAGAUGAUGCAGAAAGCCUUAAGCAAACGUUAGGGAUGACUUUGGGUGUAAGGGGUGUGGUCAAAAAGACAAGAACCCUCAUGAUGAUUGGUCAGACGAGGCUGCACAUUGACGAGGUAGAAGGGCUUGGGAACUUCAUGGAAUUAGAGGUGGUUCUGGAGGAGGAGCAAACACAAGAAGAGGGGAUAAAAAUAGCUCAAGAUUUGAUGGAGAAGCUCUCCAUACACCAGUCUGACCUCAUCUCAGGGGCUUACAUGGAUCUCUUAGAAUCAUGAAUGGUACUGAGAGGUCAGUGAAAACUUCUUGGAAAGGCAAGCUCGGUCAGUAGAGCAGCUCUCUUGUGGCAAGAUCCAAUGUGACAAGUGUUAAAAUCUACUGAAAUCCUUGCACCUGAUUGGCUGUAAAUGAGUCUGUGAAAAUCACCAGCAAGAUGCUUUGUGAAAUACUACCCUGAUGGUGCUGGUCCUUAAUCAAGUUGAUGCACCAGCAGUCUUCGGUAGGGCAUUGAUCCUCAUUAUCAGGUCCCUUCAAGCUGUCUAACCUAUGAUUGUUUUCUAACAAGUUUUCAUGCUUCCGCAUGAACCAAGGGCUUAGUUUCAUAAAACUUGAUACAAUAGCAAAUUUGUAAUAAUAAGCUCAUUAUAGAAAUUGACAACUUGUUGUUAUUAUUACAAGGCUUUGUGAAAACGGGACCCUGAUGAAACGAAGACUUAUUUCUAUGUAACACGGUGUAAGGUCUAGAUGGGAUGAGUUUAUGUGGUAUCCCACUUUAAACAGCCAUAUCCUUUAGCAAUAUUUAGUGGUGGGGGAGCCUCAGAUGUUGCUAUUAGAUCUAAAUCACAAACACAGGUAACAUUCGUUUGAGCAAACUUGGUUCUGGAAUGUUAAAAAUGCGUGAAGAACAGACAUUGAGUUUCUUGUGUUAAGAAUAAAUGUGAUUUCCGUUCUUGUGAAUAUGUGAGUUAUCCGUUUGAACAUUCCAUGUGGUUGUUGUUGUUGUUAUUUUGAAUGGACAAACUAGUCAGUUUAUACUAUUAUUGCCUUUUUAAUUUGCUGUCCUUUUUUUCCAAAACUGAACAAUUUCUUUGUUGAAUCAAUAUCAGUUAGAAAAAGUAAAGGAAAGAGAGGGAAAAAAGUUCUUAGGAAAUCGUGCAAGACCACCUCUCCUACCCAUGUGGGAAUCUCCCCAUAGAGAUGAUUUGAGAAUUGUGUAGACUGUGACUGUUGUAAGAUUGAGAAAUUUGAAUAAUUUUGACCAAAAGAAGUCACAAGAUUUCAUGAUUAGAAUGUCUGGUGAUAUCUCACAUGGACUCUUUCAUUUUUUUCACUGGUGAAGAAAUUUAAUUUUGUUGUACAUCAAAGCUAACAUCAACAAAUGUGACAUAUUUCAAGCCUUAAAUCAUUUAUAUAAUAAAGAGAAAAUUGUUCACUGUAACGGGAGUGUUUCAUCAAAAAUUUUGUCCGACAAGUUGUCAGAUCUGACAUCUUUCCUUGAUUCUGAUUGGCUGAGAGGCAGUGUUACUAUGGUAACUGUGGGAUAAAACAGGACUUGUCUGAUAAAACAUCCGACAAGUCCUUUCAUGUAACGCUCCCCUGACGGUUUCGAUAGCAAAAAAGGAUAGUGUGGUAGGUUUCACAAUACACUAUGAUUUUUUUUGGGGGGGCAAGUGUUGGUCCUGAAAAGGACCAUCCAAACUCGACGUUUCGACACAUGUGUUAUUGUCGUCUUUAGAAGAAUCUUUUCCUGAUGUUGAAAUGUCGAGUUUGGGUGGUUGUUUUCAGGACCAACACUCGCCCAAGAAAAAUUAUGGUGUACUGUGAAACCUACCACACUAAAUUGUUCACUAUUAGAACAUUAUUUGAGAGUGGAACAUAUACUGGAGAGUACUAUUAUAUAACAUAUAAGUUAGUAAUUUUUCAUUGUUAUUAAAAGUAAAGUUUUAUUUCAAUAAUUGAAUAUUAAGACCAAGAUUUUAUUUGU